GCACUUGCUCAAAGAUACUCAGAAGAUGUCUACCAUCGGAAUGCUUGGGUGUACUGUAUAUAAAUAAUCAUAUAUGUGCACAUUAUUACAUUUAGCAACUAAUACGUUUCGAAAGCACACAUUCCUGGUGUGCAGUGACAGAUUCCCUUCUAACAAGGGCCUCGCUGACAGAGGCACCUGUUAGUUUAAAAAAUGUCAAAUCUUAAUUGGAAACCUUUCCUGUAUGGAGGCCUUGCUUCAAUUGUUGCAGAGUUUGGUACCUUCCCCAUUGACCUCACUAAGACCCGUCUUCAGGUUCAAGGACAGACUGCUGAUGCUCAUUAUACGCAAAUCAGGUACAAAGGCAUGUUUCAUGCCUUGCUGAGAAUAGGGAGGGAAGAAGGAAUCCUAGCGUUAUAUUCAGGAAUAUCACCGGCCCUGCUGCGGCAGGCAUCGUAUGGCACUAUAAAGAUUGGUACUUAUCAAACCAUGAAACGUUUGUUUGUCAGCCGUCCGGAAGAUGAGACAAUGAUAAUCAAUGUAUUUUGUGGUGUGGUGUCUGGAGUUAUAUCAUCUGCCAUUGCUAAUCCGACUGAUGUACUAAAGAUAAGGAUGCAGGCUCAAGGAAGUGUAAUUCAGGGAAGUAUGAUAGCAAACUUUUUGAAUAUCUAUCAUCAAGAGGGAACCCGAGGACUUUGGCGGGGUGUUUUGCUUACUGCCCAGAGAGCUGCCAUUGUUGUUGGUGUGGAGCUUCCCGUUUAUGACAUCACCAAAAAACAUUUAAUCCUCUCUGGUCUGAUGGGAGACACUGUAUACACUCAUUUUAUUUCUAGCUUUACCUGUGGCCUUGCUGGUGCCUUGGCAUCAAAUCCAGUGGACGUGGUGCGAACUCGUAUGAUGAACCAAAGAGUCAUAGCUGGCAACCAAGUGAUAUACAAAGGGACCUUGGAUGGACUAUUGCAGAUAUGGAAAAGUGAAGGCUUUUUUGCACUUUAUAAAGGUUUUUGGCCCAACUGGCUACGCCUGGGACCAUGGAAUAUUAUUUUCUUUAUCACCUAUGAGCAGCUAAAGAAGCUUCCUUUUUAAAAUGAAGAUGUUCUAAUGAAGAAGUGAAACACUGACAAAUUCUCUUCUCACUGAUUGAGCUAAAGCUAUUUGUGUUCUUAGGUCAAUGUAUUUUGUCCAUUAUCUUCAUUAUUUAUUUUUUAAGACAAAAGAUAUAAUCAGUCUGUCAUUGGUUUACCACAUUUCAUUUUAAUGUAUACAUGGGAUAAACAAGAAUUAUAAGGAUGAGCAAGACAAAUGUAUAAGACUGAAAAUCACUGUUAAUUUAGGAAAGAAUUCCUGCUUUGUUUUGUUUUUUAUUUUAUUUUUACUAGACUCAAUCACAUAUGAAUUGUAAAGAUAGUUAGCAGCAUUUUAUUCAUAUCCCAAAGGAUAUCCCAGAGUAGUUUACAAUUAAAUGACAGGCUAUUCAUCUCUGACUAUUGUAUCUCCAGCAGUAGUGCAGUAGUUUCAUCCUAAAAAAAUAAUAAAUGUCCAAUAUAUGUACUGUUUCUCAGAUUAUUAGCGUAAUCUAACAAACCCUUUUACAAUUUUAUAGAUUUUUUUUGUUUUUUAUAACAAAGAGUUAAAUGUAUCUUUAUAUUCUGAGCUCCAACUUUUCUAAAAGUUUGACUGACAUCUUUGACUUUUUUGUUCUGUGUAAUUAUACAAAACAAAAUCUUUUACACAUCACAUUAACUGUUAAACCUGGAAGCUUGUUUAAGUCUGUUUACUUGGAGAUUGAGGCAAAGUGAGUAUCGUGUCAUCCCACCUCAUACUUUAUAUAUUACAAUACAAACAGACAUACAGUUCAACAGGUCGUCCAUUAGAUAAUUCUGAAUUCGUUAAGGAGUAAUAUGAUUAAAUGCAAAUAUUUUUAUAGCUUUGAGAAAAUGUUAUUUUUGCUCAAUGAGUAAUGAAGAUGCCUUUUAAAUGAUAGAUCCACAGUGUGCUUAAAUCCUCAGGAUCACUUGGAAGCCUCUGUUUUAGAAGUUAUUUAAACACUCCAAAAUUUUUAUAUUUUGGUGGUGUCUACCAUAAAUUGUCAGUGCAUUUUCAGUAAUAUGUAAGGAGGAUUUAGAACUGAGACAUUUUCUGAAGAAAAAAACUUUAAAAUAUAUAAAAAUGAAAGAAAAACUUAAAACGUAUUUAUUGUCUUUAAUAACCAUUUUAGUGUUAGGUUAAAGAACAAAAAUUAUUAUGGUAAGUUUGCAUCUUUUUAUGUAUUUGCAUUUUUUUGCCUCAAUAUUAUUGUAGAUACUGUGUGGUCAUUAUGUCUAAGAUGCCUUACUUUUUUUUUGUUUUGUUUUUGUGAUACAUUGAGAGUGUGAAAUAAAAAGUGCAGGCAGAGCAUAGUGCGCUUGAAGGAUGCAUGUCUGUCUUCACCCUUAGUUACGGAAGACAGGAUUCUUGGAGAUGUUACGCUUAGAUGCCAUAAGAUUAAAAAAAAAAAAAAAACAUUGAUAUAACUUGUAACUUAUGAUACUGUGUUUAGCUGUAUUCUAUCCUGCAUUCAUGAAGUGGGGAACUCAUAACAGCAAGACUAGGAAAAAUAAACUUGAAUGACAUUCCAAGUCCACAUUAGAAGUGGGAUACUCAGUAAUCAAUUCCGAGCCCCAAGUUUCAGUCACAUUGUUUUGUUGAUAUCACUUGACCAAGGAAGUGAGGUAGCCAUAACAGCAGUUGCAGGAAAUAAUGUGUUUGUAGGAUUUUAAGCACAUUUUCCCUUAUUUAGUUUUGUGUAAGUUUUUUUUUUAUUUAAUUAAUUAAUAUAUUUGGCUGAACCUGCAAAAGUAACAGCACAAAGUAGUCUGUGUCUUGCUCUGGUAGCAAGCAGAAGUGUAAGGUAGAGGGGCAUGUUACUCUGAGCUAACCUCUGAUAAAGAGGAUUUCAAACCAUGCUCAGUUUAUUCAGAGGGCUUUACAACAUCUGAUAGGUCAUUCAUUAUUUAAUUAAAUUAUUUAUUUUUGCAAAUACAAAUGUUGAAAUAUUCUUAAAAUUAUUUGUUAUAGAUUUGAAACUUCUUUCUUAAAAUGUUGUUUAUUUUCUAGGGAGUUCUUAUAGGAUUGCACAGCAGUGCAGUGGUUAGUGCUUUUGCAUCACAGUUCCAGGAGAUUUGAUAUACAGUAGAUCACUGUCGCUGUCUUUAGAGUAUUUGCACAUUCUCCCUGUGUCGGUGGAGUUUUCUGUGGUUGUUCUGUUUUUCCUUCAGCAUCAUGCACCUAGACAUGGAUUAGAAAAGUGUAGAAGUUGUUUUGUUUUCACAUGUUCACAUAUACACGCCUGCACACACACAGAGUUAGCCCUGCGCACAACAAAUGGCUUAACUUUCCUAGGCAAAAAUGUGGUUCUAUUUUUUCAUGUAUUGCUGGCACUGUUUGUGAGAUUACAGUGUAUACACAAACACUGAAUUUUAUGUACAUGCAGCACUUGGAUGUGAAAAAAAAUCAGUGCCUCAGGGCAUGGGAGGUGCAAUAUUAUGAUGAAUGAAUGAAUCAGUGAAUGAGAAAAAGCUUUUGAAAAAAAAUUUCAUUUUGUUGCAAAAAGAGUACUAUCUGUUUCAAGUUCUGAGCAAGGUUUAUUUUUAUGUAUGAAGUCAUUAUAAACAGUUCUAUUGCCAAGCAUCAUCAGUGAUUGUCCAGUUUAGGACAAACGCAUGUUUGUUGUUCGGCGUGUUGUUCAAUGCUGAUUUAAUUGUAAAAAAAAAAAAAAAAUGCUCUUU